CCGGCACAGCUCCGCUUCCGCUUCCGUUUCCGCUUCCGCUUCCGGCGAGGGGCGGGCGGCGGCGGGAGCCGGGGCGACGUGUCGGGAGCGGACGGGACGGGCCCGGGAGCUGGGGCGGCAUGGAGCUGGAGGCGAUGAGCCGGUACACCAGCCCGGUGAACCCGGCCGUGUUCCCGCACCUCACCGUGGUGCUGCUGGCCAUCGGCAUGUUCUUCACCGCCUGGUUCUUCGUCUACGAGGUGACCUCCACCAAGUACACGCGGGACAUCUACAAGGAGCUGCUGAUCUCGCUGGUGGCCUCGCUCUUCAUGGGUUUCGGCGUCCUGUUCCUGCUGCUGUGGGUCGGUAUCUACGUCUGAGGCUGCCCGGCGCCCCCCCGACGGCUGUGGGAGGCCCUGCAGAAGCUCUUUUUAUAUUUCUUUUACAUUUCUACAAGGAAGCCUGUGUCAGGCAUGGACUGUGCUCCUGUCAGGUGACUGCUGCCAGCACAACAAACCAAACCUGAAUAAAGCUGGCUUCGUGAUGUACCUGC